AUUUUUUCUUUCUUUUUUAUUUUCUUUUCUCUCUCUCUCUCUCUCUCUCUCUCUCUCAGCUGUGGGAAGUUCCAGGUUGGAGGGGUCCAUGGGGUUUCUGGAUCUCAUCACCACAAUUUCGAAACUCUCCUUCAACCUCCUCCUUUUUCUUCAAUGACUCCCCCGCCACCACUACCUCCACCACCAUUCUCACCACCAUUGCACGGCGCCAAAACCUGACAGCUUCUUCCUCGAACACCAAGGUAGCCAGGUAGUGGAGGAACCUCAUUUCUAGGGUUUGCUAUAGUAAGAAGCAGAAGACGAAACGACGCCGUUUGACUGAAAGUAUUAGGAAGAAGUAUGCCGGGGCAUCGGUCCAAGUCGUCGGAGAAGCACGCCGACGGCGGCGGCGCCAAGCCACUCCGGCGGGACCCAUACGAGGUCCUCGGCGUCUCCCGCAACUCCACCGAUCAGGAAAUCAAAACCGCUUACCGCAAAAUGGCUCUCAAAUAUCAUCCUGACAAGAAUGCUAAUGAUCCUAAGGCAGCUGAUAUGUUCAAAGAGGUUACCUUUUCAUACAAUAUAUUGUCAGAUCCUGACAAGCGUCGUCAGUUCGACACAGCUGGUUUUGAGGCUGUUGAAUCGGAUAACCAAGAGUUGGAGUUGGACCUUUCAAGUUUGGGUGCUGUGAAUACAAUGUUUGCUGCACUUUUUAGUAAACUCGGUGUGCCAAUUAAGACAACUGUAUCAGCAACUGUUUUGGAAGAGGCCCUCAAUGGUGUAGUGACCAUUCGUCCACUUCCAUUGGGACAGUUUAUUUCUAGAAGGGUUGAGAAGCAAUGUGCACAUUUCUAUUCAGUUACAAUAACAGAAGAGGAAGCACAAGCUGGAUUUGUUUGUCGAGUGCACUCAUCAGACAAAAGCAAGUUCAAGUUGCUAUAUUUUGAUCAAGAAGAAAAUGGUGGAUUAAGUCUUGCUCUCCAGGAAGACUGCGCAAAAACAGGGAAAGUUACCUCUGCUGGAAUGUUUUUUCUUGGGUUUCCUGUUUAUCGAUUGGAUCAGACCAUGAACUCAAUAUCUGCUGCAAAGGAUCCAGAUACAUCAUUUUUCAGAAAGCUUGAAGGGUUUCAACCCUGUGAAUUGACAGAACUGAAGGCUGGUACCCAUGUGUUUGCAGUUUAUGGUGACAACUUUUUCAAAAGUGCAAACUAUACAAUAGAAGCUCUAUGCGCUGCACCAUUUAGUGAAGAAAAGGAAAAUUUAAGAAACAUUGAAGCUCAAAUUUUGUCUAAAAGGGCAGAGAUAUCAAAGUUUGAGACAGAGUACCGAGAGGUUCUGGCGCAGUUCACAGAGAUGACAAGUAGAUAUGCAAAUGAAAUGCAAGAAAUUGAUGAACUAUUAAAACAACGAAAUGAAAUACAUGCAGCGUACACUGUUGCUCCUUUGAAACGGAGUUCAAGUAAGAGUCGGAAUAAAAGUUCUUCCAAUGAGGCGAAAGAAGAGGGCCAGACAAAAGAGAAGAGGAAUACAAGAGAACGACCAAAGAAGAAGAGAUGGUACAACAUCCACUUAAGAGUUGAUAAGAGAAAGGCUUGCUAGGGUGAGAAUUGGAGAAUUAACAAAUUCUUUUAUCACUCAUAUAUUGUUAAAUAAUGGAAUAUAUUUUAUAAUUUACCUGUCAACUCUAAAUGCCACGGUCAAAGCUAUUAUUGGUGGGGAUCUACACUGGUUUGAUUGUCUAGCACAUGCCCAAGCUAUGAUGGAGGCUUUGCUUAAGCGCCAACCAGGUUUCAUUAUGUAUGUAACUCAGGCAUGUUAAGGAUGACAACUACUCAUUGUUUUUGUAUAAUCCCCUUUGCCCUUUUCCCUUUAAAAUUUGUUCUCAGCAGCUGAAUAGCUCUAUCUUAUGAUUUUGCACUUGUAAAUUGUUUGAUUUAUUAUUGAUGAAGCAUGAUCAACGCUCUACAUGGGUUGUAAUUUUGGUUAGUAAGUAAUGGCAAAGCUUUGGUGCAUAGAGCCAGGGCAAUUUCAAGUA